AUGACCCCCGGGUGGGCGUGGCCAAGGUCUGCAAAGCUGGAAGUGCAAGUUGGAGCCAAGUGAAGACAACACAAGAGUAGAAGCGAGGGCGCCAGUCUUCCUUUUUUGUUUUAGCAUCGGAGGGAGUCACAACAACACACGACAGGCAACAUGAGCAGGUGUUUGAUCAGCCAGGCGGAGGUGCAGAGUUUCAUCGAGAGAUGCAUGAUGGCGGUGGGCACCAAGCAGCAUCACGCCCGCAGCCUGGCCCAGGUUCUGGUGGAGGGUGACCACAGGGGUCACUACAGCCACGGACUCAACAGGAUGGAUAUGUACGUGAAAGACGUUAAGACGGGUAUCUGCGCCAAGGAUGGGGAGCCUGUCGUGGAAAAGGAGAGUCCGGCCACGGCCCUCGUGGACGGGCAGAACCUCCUGGGCCCUGUGGUGGGGAACUUCUGCAUGAAUUUGGCCAUCAAGAAGGCCAAAGAAGUCGGGAUCGGCUGGGUGGUGGCGCACGGCUCCAACCAUUACGGCAUUGCCGGCCACUACGCCAUGCUAGCUCUGAAGGAGAACAUGAUCGGAAUGUCCUUCACCAACACGUCCCCUCUGGUGGUCCCCACACGUGGAAAAGAGUGCACCUUAGGCACCAACCCCCUCAGCGUGGCAGCGCCGUCCAAAAAUGGCGACAGCUUCGUUUUGGACAUGGCCACAUCGGCGGUCGCCCUUGGAAAAGUGGAGCUGCACGACCGUCGUGGCGACACUAUCCCAGAGGGGUGGGGCUGCGACCCCAAGGGCAAGCUCACCACCGACCCUAAGCAAGUUCUGAACGGAGGAGGCUUGGUUCCCAUCGGUGGCAGCGAGGCCACAGGAGGCUACAAAGGUUACGGCCUUGGUAUGAUGGUAGAAGUGUUCUGUGGUAUCCUGGCCGGAGCCAAAUACAGCAAACACAUCCGCACAUGGAAAGUGACCGACAGGGUUGCAGAUUUGGGUCAGUGUUUCGUGGCAAUCAACCCGGAGAACUUUGCUCCCGGGUUCACCGACCGUAUGGGGGACCUCCUGGCCAUCCAUAGAGAACUGGACCCUGCUGAUGCCGACGCUCCUGUUCUGGCCGCCGGAGAUCCCGAGAGGGCCAACAUCGCCAAGUGUGAGAAGAUGGGCGGCAUCCCAUAUCAUAUCAACGUCGUCAAAUAUAUGAAUGAAUGUGCCAAGAGAGAAGGCGUCAGUCCUCUGCUGCCCUGUGACAAAAUUGUUCCAGAGUAGAAGCGACAAGUCGGAGAUCAUCUCGGUUUCUUCAGCCUGGUUGGUGUUUGUCAAUAGCGUGACCAAAUGAAAGCAAUUCUUUAACUAAUGACAAAUGAGGAUUGUGUCAAAUUAUGUUUUAGUCAAAUUUGGUAUGUCUAACAUACGAACAAGUUGGCUGUUACUUUGAGCUCAAAUUGUUCAGCUUGCUUGUCUUUGCAUGUUUUUCUUUACCGAUUGUGCAGACAAAACGUUGCCUUGACACCAAGUCCAGCCGAUGCUGUCAAUCAGUUGACAACUCAGUGAACAAAUGCCGUUAGAAAUGAGUGAAUGUACUGUGAAAGCGGCCAUGUGAUGUUUGGAAGACAGAACUUUUAUUUUAAUUGAAUUGGGAACUGACUUGAUAUUUUUACAUGUAGAGCGAGCCUUGUCAAGAUAAGCGGUUUACAUAAAGGAUGGAUGGAUGGAUGGAUGGAUGGAUGGAUGGAUGGAUGGAUGGAUGGAUGGAUGGAUGGAUGGAUGGAUACAACAAAAGUAUAAAAGUAUUUUCCUGCCAGCAAUAUUUCAAGUGCCUUAUUAGUCCCAAUAAAAAGCCAUAUCAGACGAA